CCACCAAUUACACUUGUGGUAUUCAAUUUGGGGUAGAGUUAAGUUUUUCCUUUUUCAAAACCUGAUGCCAGCAGAGCCGUUUACGAAACGCCAGAGGCCAAGUGCUUUGUCGGUACGUUGAUGAAUCUCGGAGUAGAAAAGAAGUAGACAAGGGACCGGACUCUUCCUCAAUUGGCGUUGAUAUACCGCCGAAUUCCGAUUCCUGGUUUUGAAGAUCUCCAGUUUUCUUUUCUGAUCGCAUUUAAGGGUGAUCUGCACCGGACUGGAUUGAUGUGCAAUGCAGAGAUCUCGUAAGGAUUUUCAGCUAAGAAGGUCCUUGGAUAAUGCAAUAUGUGAAAAAAACACUUCAUCCAGAAUCUGUUUUUUGCCUGUUCUUCUGUGGGCACUUGUCUUCGUUUUAAAUUUGUGUGUUAGCCAUGGUGCCGUGGACAAAGAUCCCGGAUCCGGAGAAUAUCAGUUAAGUGUUCAAUAUGGGGAUGACGCUAAGCUUGUGUUUGAAAGAGGAAAUCAUUCUGCUUCAUCUACAGAUGAAAAUCCCCAAGUGGGAAUCAGUUCUGAAGAGUUGAUCAGUGCAUCACUUGAAGAAACUGAUAGCAUCCCCAGUGAAUCAGACAACACAAAGUCUGCUCUGGCUGUCGAACAGCAAACUGACACAGGGAAGUCAGAAUCAACCAGAAAUUCAGAAAAGGAAUCGAGAUCUGAUACAUUUUCUCAGUCAAUCACUUUAAGUCUUGAUGAGUUCAGGAGCAAAACAUCCAAUCCAAAAAUACGAGACUUGGAUGAUCAUGCAGGAAGCAUCACCCAUAGGGUGGAACCAGGAGGAGCAGAGUACAAUUAUGCUUCUGCUUCCAAAGGGGCUAAGGUCUUGGCUCACAACAAGGAAGCGAAAGGCGCUUCUAAUAUAUUGAGCAGAGAUAAAGACAAGUACCUCAGAAACCCUUGUUCUGCUGAUGAGAAGUAUGUUGUGAUAGAACUCUCAGAAGAAACUUUGGUGGACACUAUUGAAAUCGGCAACUUUGAACACUACUCGUCCAAUCCAAAGGAUUUUGAACUUCUUGGUAGUCAUAUCUAUCCAACUGAUGCUUGGGUCAAACUUGGUAAUUUUACUGCUGGGAAUGUGAAACAUGCUCAAAGUUUUGUACUUACAGAACCAAAAUGGGUGAGGUAUGUGAAACUGAGCUUUCUUAGUCAUUACGGAUCAGAGUUUUACUGUACACUAAGUGUUGUGGAAGUAUAUGGAGUUGAUGCCGUAGAGAAGAUGUUGGAUGAUCUCAUCUCUGUUCCAGAAAAGAAAGCUUCUCCCGAUCAAACAAACAAUGAACAGAAGAAACCGAUGACCACCGCCCAACACACGUUGCCUGAUGUCAGUAAUUUAGAAACUGACACCGAACGAAACUCUGAUGUCAAACCAAUGGCAAUGACAAUGAACGUGCCUGAUCCACUUGAGGAGAUUCGCCAUCUACAAGUGAACAGGAUGCCCGGCGACAGUGUUCUUAAAAUACUAAUGAAGAAAAUUCAAUCUCUUGAUAUAAACUUAUCAAUCCUUGAGCGUUAUCUGGAAGAAAUGAAUUCUAGAUAUGGAAAGACUGCUGCAGUGUUCGGCAAGGAUAUGUCAGAUAAAGAAGCCCUUCUCAAGACAAUCACAUCAGACAUAAAGAGUUUUUCCGAGAGCAAAGAUGCCAUGAGUAAGGAGGUCAAUGACCUCUCAUCUUGGAAGUCCCUUGUAUCCAUGCAGCUGGAAAAAAUAAUGAUGGAUAAUUCUAAUCUCAGGUUGAAGGUGGAAGAGGUUCACCGGAGGCAAGUGUAUAUGGAGAGUAAAGGAAUAAUUAUUUUUCUAGUAUGUUUAAUAUUUGGGUCCAUAGCAGUUUUGAGGAUGUUUGUAUAUUUAAUUUUGAGCAUUUACAAGCAUGAGUGUUCCAGGAAAUUUUGUGAUAAAGAUUAUUCCUGGAUUUUCUUACUGUCUAGCUGCAGCAUCACUAUUAUCAUCUUGUCCUUAUAAUGGAGUUUUUUUUUUGUGUUAUCUUUUUAACUUGUGCUUAUAUUAUUAGUCUUCCUUGUCAAUUUCUAAUUGCCUUAUGAAAAUUCUUUCACUGUGUUAAAAAGAAGUAUUGGAUGCUUUUUUUAACUUGGUUUGUUUUUUGAGAAGUGUUGUGCCCCUUUUGAAAAUUGAGGUGAAAUUGUUCCCAAUACCUUUUGAAAUAAGAUGGUGUUUGAUGGGUUAUUAAUAAAUGGCCAAAUAAGCUUGCAGUAUGUGG